AUUAAUGAAGAAUGAUCCGUUGGAAUUAUUGCACCGCUAUAGGGCAAAAACAUAAAAAUUGAUAUUAUUAGUCUGAAAGAAGAGAAGCUAUGGAAGCAGGGCUGAAGAAUAAUAUGGAAGAGGAAUUGAAUCCACCUCUGGCUCAGCCCCCAUACGACGUCGGUUUGGAGAAAGCCGUAGUUCCACCACCACCACAACCACCAACUCAAGUCAAGGCUGAAGAAUCCAAAUCUCUUGCCGUGGUUGAAAAGACUCCAGAACCACUGGUCAAAAAACCUUCUGGAGGUUCAAUUGAUAGAGAUAUUGCUUUGGCGGAGGUUGAAAAAGAAAAACGGUUGUCUUAUAUCAAGGCAUGGGAAGAAAGUGAGAAAACAAAGGCCGAGAACAAGGCUCAGAAGAAGCUCUCAAGUGUUGGUGCAUACGAAAACAGCAAGAAAGCGGCUUUGGAAGCCAAGCUGAGAAAGAAAGAGGAAGAAUUAGAGAAGAAAAAGGCCGAAUAUGCAGAGAAAAUGAAGAACAAAGUGGCUUUAAUUCACAAAGAAGCAGAAGAGAAAAGGGCAGCUGUUGAAGCUAUUCGUAGGGAAGAAUUGCUCAAAGCAGAGGAGUUGGCUGCUAAAUACCGUGCCACUGGGAACACCCCAAAGAAGUUUCUUGGUUGUUUUUGAACUCUUUCACCUUCUUCAGACAUGAUUUGAAUCUCUUCUUUUUUAUGUGUAUACUUCCUUGUUUGUCUGUUUCUUUUUGUGUGAAAACCAUCAAGUGGAGAAUCAAACUUGUGUUCAUUAUCAUCCCAAGUUUGUGCAGAAAACAUGUUUGUUUCGCGAGAGCAG